AUGACUUCAAAUGUAAACUAAGAAAUACCUGGAUGUCUUAAACAACCUCGUACUUUGACCUCACCUGGCUUAUCACUUAGGAAAAGAAGACUUUCAUAAGCCGUUCACAAAAAGAGCCCUCUGCAAAGCAAGUGGAAGUUUAUAUAGUGAAGGAUCAUCAAAAACACUCACUGAAGCAGAGGAAGGUACUGCAUUUACAGUGGAGUGUUUCAAAUGUUAGAAUUCGGAAUGAGGAAAAGACCAUCUUACCUCAAUUUGUUUGUGUCUCAAGGCUGUUCAGUGAGUUCUUCUCUGUAACGGCUGACAAGCCCCAUCAUGUCAGAGAGCGGUUUGUCAGAGUGUGCAGGUACACAAAGCCUAGCUUCCUGACAAAGACGGGUGUGCAUGUGUGGGAUUCAAUUACCCUAAAUCUUCUCAGCCAGACAGAUGGCGUUAUGCUUUUAAUCAUCGCCACUUCCUAAGGACUUGAACAGAGGAGAAAGAAAAUAAAAAGACUUUUGAGGAUACGUGAAAAGAAUAAACUGAAACAUUUAAGCAAAUCUCAACCAGAUCUGCCGAAGAUGCCACUUAAAGCAUCACCGCACAGAAAACCAGCCUCCGGUCAUUGGCCCAGCAGGAAUUCCAAGCGGAAGGAAGUGCUGUCUGUUAACAUGAUUAGCCUACCACUGGCUGAUUUCCGCCACAUCACUCAUAUUGGGAACAAUACCGACAGCUUUGGAGAUCUGUCUUUUCUAAAGCUGGAACACAGCCUGCUUUUACAAAGUUCCCAAAGUGAGCAGAACGUCUUUCUGACCUGCUCACCACCUCCAAAGCCCCCUCGCAUGAAUCUGAAUGAGAGCGAGCGCAGAGAGAGCCCUGACUUGUCUGUGAACCACCAGCACAAUAACUCCCAGAAAAGGAAGAAAUGCAGUUCUAUGCCCCUGCUGGACAGCGAAAAAGGAGACACGGGUGCUGAAAAAGAGGAUGGGUACCAAAGAGGGAAUAAUACUUCUUCCAAUCAGACUCACAGCCUCAGAUGGGGCAGCACAGGUUCGGAAAGGGAUGAGGACUUUACAGAUACCUGUGACAAAACUACUGGACAACAGAAGGAUGAGGACAGCAGCUUUUCAUUCAGCCUCGACCUGGGCCCUUCAAUCCUUGACGAUGUCCUUCAGGUGAUGGACAAACUGCACGAUUAAACGAGAUCAGCCAAGUGUGACAGAGAGGCUUUACUAAAGGUUUGGAAUAUGGAGAGGAAUAAGGGCCUCUGCUUGCCACCAUUCCAGUUUGGGGACACGCUCUUGAUUUAAAGAACAAAACAAUAUCUGAAUAUGAUAGUUAUGUUCAGAUAAAUCUGAGGAUAUUUGCUUUUUUUUUUUUUGUUUGUUUGCAGAAUCCCAAACAAUAACAAAUAAGCCACAGACGAACACAGCAUUUAUGAAAUGAGGGAGUGUGAUUCUGGAGGACACACAAACAAAGUUAAUGCUCUCGAAGCAAUCACCCUUCACAGAGGCAGAGCCAGUGUUUAAGUUAAUAAUUACAUUUUGUCUCACGUUAAACUAAGAGCUUGACAUUUUCAACCGUUUUUACAUUCCCCCUUAGCUAUUUUAAUUCUUCAAACCACACAUCACAGCACUGACGACUGCUGUUAAGACUUGAGAUUGUUGUGUUUAAGAAAAGAAAAGCUACGACUCGAAUCCAAGGUCCUUGAGCUGUGAUGCCUUGGCGUGCUUGCCAAUCUGUUGUGUGCAGAGGGCAAUUUUUACUCCGCACGCAUCCGAGAGGCCCCACUCAAAGGUAGACCAAGGUACCCCCCAUCUCUCAUUCCCAACAAGGCAGUGAAAACAAACACUUAGCCCUGCUUCCAAUAAAAACCAGUCAGUGGUGGCAGUUUGGGCUGCAGACCAAGCUAGGCCACAGGUCCAAGACCUCAGAACAAGAAAAAAAAAAAAAAGGCCAAGGCAGGCUGUUUUCUUAGCUGCAAAUCAGCGUUCAAUGCUCUGGUGAGUAGUGCACGAGAAGGAAAGUGGUAAAGAGUAACUUGAUACUUCCACAUAUGCAGGGGGUGUUGAGGGAGGAGGAAGUCCAGAAACAUCAUUACUGCAGCAAAAGUCCUGAUGAGGGUUUAAACACUACAUUCUACCCAAAUAGACCCCUGACACGCAAAAAUACACGCUGCAUCUCAUACGCUGGCGCACGAGUAAAGAGAAGCACGCAUGUGAGUCCGUGUUCGCACACAUGGUCAAGCUGAGGUUUAUGUAUACAUUUGCCUCAGAUCUAUGGAGGAGAGAGCUGGGACAGAGGCUCGGUUUGUCUUAGCUGGGGAGACACCAGGAUAAGAUGUGGGACAAAACCCAGAAGAAGUCAAAUUCCUACGAGCCCCAUGGGUCAUUGUACAAAAUCUAGAAACCAAAAUGUGUUGCUUCAAGCAAUAAAUUUAGAAUUUUAUAUGAGUCCAAACAGAAACAGCACUGUUUGUGGGAACAUUUGUGUAUAUGUUUCUUGUAUAUUUUUGCCAAUAACACAAUGUGAACACAUUG